UGUGGCAUAGAUAGAUAGAUUGAUAGAUGAUAGAUAUAAGUAAAGUGUGUUUAAAGGCGCAUGUGCAGAGUCAAAAAAGAAGGUAAACAUCCUCCCUGCAGCAGGUAAACACACCUUUUUAAUGACUGGCUUCUCAGAUAGCAUAUAUUUGCCAGCAGCCUCCAUGUACUCUUAUCUCUCAUGUGCCCCAGAGGACAUUCCUCUUUUAAUUCUGAGUCAAGGUUAAGUUCAAUAUAUAUUAAUGAAUAACUCUCCCUGUUAAUUAUUAAAGGCCACAUUUAAAAAACGAACACCAGAAGAGCAACAGAGAUAAUCCAGAGUCCAAGUUGGGUUGGGUCUCCAGCAGGCAGCUUUCUUCCACCUUGUCUUUCUUAAGUAUUUUCUUAGAUUUCUGACCAAAAGGACACAGAGAAAAAUGGGGGUGGAAGCUCUGCUGCUUCUCAGCCUCCUCUUCACCUUGCUCUUGUUCUCCGUCAAAAUGUACAAGAAGAAAGCCCAACUACCUCCAGGGCCCACUCCUUGGUUUCUUCUGGGCAAUCUUCUGCAGAAAGACGUCUUGCCUCUGAGCAGAAACUAUGCAAAGCUCUAUGAUAAAUGGGGUCCUAUCUUUACUGUCUGGCUGGGUCCCAAGCCCAUGGUGGUACUCUGUGGAUACGAAGUGGUGAAAGAUGCUCUGUUGGAUCAUGCUGAAGAAUUUGGUGGGCGUCCUGCCUUGCCUUUCAGUGAUACAGUGAGCCAUUUUAAAGGACUGUCCAGCAGAUCUGUGAAAAGAUGGAAAGAGCUGCGCCGGUUCACACUCAGCACCCUGCGGGAUUUUGGAAUGGGGAAGAAAGCGAUGUCCACGAGGGUGCAGGACGAAGUUCUCUGUCUGGUGGAGGCAAUGGCAACCACAAAAGGGCAGGCCUUUGAUAUAAGAAAACACUUGAGAACUGCUGUUUCUAAUGUGCUCUGUUCUGUUGUCUUUGGGAGUCGCUUUGAGUACAAAGAUCAGGUCUUCCUGGAGAAGCUGCAUAUCAUGGAGGCUUUUGUGGGUUACCUUGUGAGUUAUAUGGGACAGGUUUAUAAUGUGUUCUCGAAAAUAAUGCCUUACCUGCCUGGACAGCACAAAAAGAUUUUAGGAAGUUUUGAAAAAAUGUAUGCUUUCAUCAAUGAGAGGGUGGAAUCCCACAAAGAGACCCUGGAUUAUCAGGACCCCCGUGACUAUAUUGACUGCUUCCUUAUGAAGUCAGAGAAGGACCAAAGCAAUCCAGAGGCCAUCUACACCAAAGAGGAGCUUAUUGUGAUUGUGCAGGAACUCUUUAUUGCUGGGUCAUUGUCCACAAGCGAAGUUUUGAGCUGUGCCCUUCUGGUGGUGGCUAGAUUGCCACACAUCCAAGAAAAAGUUCAACAAGAGAUUGAUGAUGUGGUAGGUGCCAACCGUAUCCCUGGCAUGGAAGAUAGGGUGAGGAUGCCCUACACCAAUGCUGUUCUCCAUGAGGUUCAACGAUAUCAAAAAGGGAGCCUUGAGAGCAUCCCGCGUGCAACAACACGUCCUACAAAAUUCCGGGGCUAUCUUAUCCCCCAGGGCACGGCAGUCUGCGCAGAGAUUUCAACUGUGCACUUUGAUCCUCUCCAGUGGGAGACUCCAGAAGAGUUUAACCCGGGUCAUUUCUUGGAUGAGAAGGGCCAGUUCCGGAACAGGGCUGCCUUCAUGCCUUUUUCUGCAGGAAAACGGGCAUGCCCAGGGGAAGCCCUGGCUCGGAUGGAGCUGCUCCUGUUCUUCGGUGCUCUGCUCCAGAACUUCACCUUCCAGCUGGUGGGAGAUGCCAAAGACAAGGAUAUACUUACUUUGUAUCAGGACAGUGGCCUGAUGAAAGGAGACUUGCCAUUGAAAUUCACUAGACGUUCAAUAUGAUCCAGUGACAGCAACUAAGCAGAAUGGAUGAUGCCAAUGCCUCUCAGUAUAUUUGAAGUAGGAAGAAUAUGAUUAUUGGGAGAUCUGAAUCACACAGUACUUAUAAAAACUAUAUAUUCCAAACUAUAGCUCACAUCAUACUGGCUGGGGCUGCUAAGAGUUGUAGUGCAACACUUGGAAAACCACAGCUGAGCCACUUCUACAUUAGAAGAAUCAAUCCAGAGACAAGUAGUGAUAGAUACAGUAAAAAGGGCAAAGAUCAAUAAAGCUUUGGGAGCAGAUGGAAUCUCAGUGUUAUGACCUUUAGGAGUAUGUUAGCACAAUAACUUUCUAAAGUGAAGAAUGAGAUAUUACAAAUGGGUAAAUUGAAAUCUGUAACAAGUCUAUAACAAUAGCAUUUUUAAAAAAAAUCUAAAAAGGAUCAUAAUUAAAAAUCAUAUAGAUCAAGAUGGAUUUUGCAUAAUGAAGGAUAAUAUUAGGAAAAUAAUAAAUCUAGCUGUGCAUCUGCAGCAGCUCAACUGGUCACCUUUA